AUUUCCUUCCUAAGACGUCAAAUCGAAGUUACUAUUUAUUUAUUUACCUGAUGCGAAACGUUGCGUUAAACGCGCCAGGUCUCGUGCGGGAACCUUCCUGCCGAGCAUUGCGUUUUCACACGGAACUUUGGCACAGCCGGACCGUAAACUCGGCUCGUCGUUUCCUCCGAGCAAUUCCAGUCGGGAGAACGCUUUCAUGGCAGGAUAGCGUUUCAAUGAGUUCCACGUCGUUUUACGUGAAUUGAUCAACCGUCGCCGGUAUGGACUGGGGCCGCUUGACCGGACCGGGCGGGGUGCUGGGCUCCUUGUCGCUGCUUUGUGUCAUCCUGGACGGCGUGUUGGGGGCGACUGGCGGCGAGAUUGAGCAUCACUUGGAGAUGGGCCGCAAACUUUUGGCAGCCGGUCAGCUGGCUGAAGCCUUGUCCCACUACCACUCUGCUGUGGAGGUAGAUUCAAAGAACUACCUGACCUACUACAAACGCGCCGCUGUCUUCCUGGCCAUGGGCAAGUCCCGAUCCGCCCUCCCCGACCUGACCAGGGCCGUCCAGCUCAAGCCCGACUUCCUUGCUGCCCGGCUGCAGAGGGGCAACAUCCUUUUGAAACAAGGCAACGCGCAGGAGGCCCGCGACGACUUCGAAGCAGUGGUGAGCGCAUCUAACGCGCCUUCUAUUCGGGGUUUUUCCUGGCUCAGAUUGAGGCAGAGGUUGUACCGUUGUUGUUUUUCCGCCGUCCAGCUCCGGCCCUCUCCGGAGUACGCGGACGCACGAGAGCAGCUGGCGAGAGCCCGAGACCUGGAGGAGCUGCAGGAGGACGCUCGGAUGGCGUACCACCGGGCCGACUAUGGCGCCGCCAUCUCGGUGCUGGAGCGAGUCAUUGAGAUCUCGCCGUGGGAUCCCGAGAUGCGGGAGCUCCGCGCCGACUGCUACCUCCGCACUGGGGACCCGCAGAAGGCCAUCCAAGACCUGGCGCCCGCCACCCGGCUGCGCAGCGACAACCGUGCCGCCUUCCUUAAGAUCAGCCUGCUGCACUACAGCCUGGGGGAGCACCAUGAGUCUCUCAGCCAAGUCCGAGAGUGUCUGAAGCUGGACCAGGACGACAAGGAGUGCCUGGGCCACUACAAGCAGGUGAAGAAGCUCAGCAAGCAGCUGGACUCGGCCGAGGAGCUCAUCCGAGCGGAAAGGUACCGUGACGCCAUCGAGAAGUACGAGGGCGUGAUGAAGGCGGACCCCCACGUGCCGUACUACACCAACCUGGCCAAGGAAAGAAUCUGCUUCUGUCUCGUCAAGGUCAAGGCGACCACGGAGGCCAUCGACGUGUGCUCCGAGGCGCACCAGAGGGACCCUCGCAACGCCAGGAUCCUGCGCGACCGCGCCGAGGCCUUCAUCCUCAACCAGGACUACGAGAAAGCCGUGGAGGACUACCAGGAGGCGCAGGAGUUCGACGCCGACAGCAACGACAUCCGAGAAGGGCUGGAGCGAGCGCGGAAGCUGCUCAAGAUCUCGCACAAGAGAGACUACUACAAAAUCCUCGGAGUGAGCCGGGCGGCCAACAAGCAGGAGAUCAUCAAGGCGUACAGGAAGCUGGCGCAGCAGUGGCACCCCGACAACUUCCAGUUGGAGGCCGAGAAGAAGGAGGCGGAGAAGAAGUUCAUCGACAUCGCCUCGGCCAAGGAGGUCCUCACCGACCCGGAAAUGAGGCAGAAGUUUGACGCAGGCGAGGAUCCGUUGGACCCGGAGAACCACCAGCAGCAGGGCGGCGGACACAACGGACACGCCUGGCCUUUCCCCUUCAACCCUUUCGAGUCAGGAGGCAGCUUCCACUUCAAGUUCCAGUAAACUUCCGACUCCCUGCAGCGUCAACGCGCGGACUACUCGCUUGGAGGGGAGGGGGAUGGCUGACUGACUAAAAAACUGCAAAGCCACUUUCGCUU